AUGAGCCGCUCUGUCGCCCGCAUUUUCACGUUGGGACUUGGGAGAGGGUUGCAGCCUUUCUUUAGCACAUUAGGAACAUCUAAUGUCUUAUCGCAUAUAAGGAUCGCGGGCAAGGACCACUGUGGACAUCUUGAUGGUUGGCUAGCGAGGUGCUUUUCAACGGCGCUUUCUCCUGUCUCCGAGCAAGAGCAGCAGGCGCUUUCUUUGAUCCGUAAUAUUGGCAUUUCAGCGCAUAUUGAUUCGGGUAAAACAACACUGACAGAGCGCAUCCUGUAUUACACGGGGCGUAUCCGCGAAAUUCACGAGGUUCGGGGGAAAGAUGGCGUCGGCGCUAAAAUGGACAGUAUGGACCUUGAGCGCGAGAAGGGUAUCACCAUCCAGUCGGCUGCAACAUACUGCGCCUGGAAGGACAAGCAGAUCAACAUCAUCGACACCCCCGGCCACGUGGACUUCACCAUCGAGGUGGAGCGCUCGCUGCGGGUUUUGGACGGAGCCAUACUGGUGCUGUGCUCCGUGGGCGGGGUGCAGAGCCAGUCCAUUACUGUGGACCGUCAGAUGAAGAGGUACAACGUGCCUCGCCUGGUGUUCGUCAACAAACUGGACCGCGCGGGGGCCAACCCCUGGCGCUGUAUCGACAUGGCACGGGACAAGCUCAAACUCAAUGUAGCUGCCGUACAGAUCCCCAUCGGUUUGGAGGAGCAGCACGCGGGUGUCGUGGACCUGGUCGGGCGUAAGGCCUUUUACUUCGAGGGGCCGAAAGGGGAGAAGGUGGUUGAGGGUCCGGUGCCCGACCGACUGGCUGCUGAGGUGGAGUCCCGGCGGAUGGAGCUGCUGGAGAAGGUCAGCGAGGUUGAUGACUUGCUGGCGGAGAAGUUCCUGUCCGAGGAGCCUGUGGGCCCCGAGGAGCUGCGCGCCGCCAUACGCCGGGCCACGCUGGCACUCAAGUUCCAGCCCGUGUUCAUGGGCAGCGCGUUCAAGAACAAGGGUGUUCAGCUGCUGCUUGACGGUGUACUCGACUACCUGCCAUGUCCAACGGAGGUGGUCAAUGAGGCCCUGGAUCUCGCCCGGGACGAGCAGCGGCUGGUGCUGCCCUGUGCCCCCGGGGGCCCCUUCGUGGGCCUUGCGUUCAAAUUGGAAGAGGGCAAGUACGGCCAACUGACGUACGUACGGAUCUACAGCGGCACCCUGCGCAAGGGUGAUUCGGUCGUCAACAUGAGCUCCAACAAGAAGGCAGGUGCACGCCCGCCCGGAGCUGAUGUCCGCGUCCCCCGCCUCGUCCGCAUGCACGCCAAUGAGAUGGAGGACAUUGGCCAGGCGGCUGCGGGGGACAUCGUGGCUGUGUUUGGAAUGGACUGCGCCAGCGGGGACACGCUCACGGACGGGGUGAAGCUGGCCAUGACGUCAAUCAGGGUUCCCGACCCGGUCAUGAGUCUCGCUCUGACCCCCACCAGCGCCGAGCACUUCCCCACCUUCAUGAAGGCCCUGCAGAGCAACACCGGGGAAAUCAUUGUGAGCGGUAUGGGGGAGCUGCAUUUGGAGGUGUACAUCGAGAGAAUCAAGCGGGAAUACCGGGUCACCUGCGAGGUGGGCAAGCCCAAGGUGAGCUACCGCGAGGCCCUCACCGCCCGGGCCGAGUUCAACUACCUGCACAAGCGACAGAGCGGAGGGGCGGGGCAGUUCGGAAAGGUAGUGGGUUGGAUUGAGCCCCUGCCCGAGGACAGCCCCGUGCCGUUCGUGUUUGAGAACAAGCUGGUGGGCACUGCCGUACCGCCCGAGUUCCACUCGGCCAUUGAGAAGGGCUUCGUGGAGGCAGCCAACAGCGGCUCGCUCAUCGGGGCGCCUGUGUAUGGUGUCCGGGUCGUCCUCACCGACGGCGCCUCCCACGCGGUGGACUCGAGCGCCACCAUGGGCGACAUCAACCGACGAAAGGGCCUUAUCCUUGACAGCGGUGCGGUGGGGGACGACACGGUGGUGACGGCCCACGUGCCCCUCAACCUCAUGUUCGGGUACUCGACAGCGCUGAGGUCUGCAACGCAGGGCAAGGGGGAGUUCAGCAUGGAGUACUCGCACCACGCUGCCGUACCUCGAGAGGCUCAAGCGACAUUGGUGGGGGAGAUCAAGAGGGCUGCAGCGGCGUGA